AAGGCAUCGACCUUUCGCAUUAUAGCCCUCAUCGAAGCCACUUCUGAGCCAGUCAAUUGGUGCGGCCUCCUUCACCGACAUCAAUAUCAAGAUUGUCGAUCCAACAUAGUCUCGACCACCAACGCUCGCACUUGGAACAAGGUUUGGAAAUCUGCAGAAGUAAUUCAAGAUGACCCAGCCAUCCGUCAACACAACAUUCGACACAUCAAUUGUGGACCUCAACCCCAACGUCUCCUUCUCGACCACCGAAUCCGACCCUUCAGACGCUGGCAUGUCUACAGCGACCCAGAAGGUUCAACCCUCGGCACCAAGCCCACUGGCGCAAGAUAUCAACCAGACCACCCCUCAAUCAUCUCAACUUGUCCCACCAAAGACGUCCACACCGGUGCAGCACAUCGGAACCCAAGAUGCAUACGAUCAAUGGGCCUCAGUCUACGACUCGGACGGAAACAUGCUCCAAUCUAUCGACGACGACGAACUCAACACCCUCCUUCCCUCCCUCCUAAACCAGAUCGCCACAACCUCUGGCCCCAGCAUCUCCGUCCUUGACCUCGGCUGCGGAACAGGCCGCAACACCGCGCGCCUUCUAUCUCACUCCUGGCCAGCGGACACGAUCGUAGCAGUCACAGGUCUCGACUUCAGCGCCGGUAUGCUUGCACUCGCACGCACGAAACUCUCCGCCCUCACAGAAUCCAAUAAGGCCGUGAGCUUAAGACUUGAGCAAUGCGACCCUUUCCCCACAUCCAACGAUUUCACUCCAUCUACCAUUGCCCUCCCACCCCAAAACCUCGUCACCUCAACCCUAGUCCUCGAGCACAUCCCAUUGCCAACCUACUUCAGCACACUCACAUCCCUCCUUGCGCCCGGCGGAGUCGCGCUAGUAACAAACAUGCACUCGGAGAUGGGUUCGCGGUCGCAAGCCGGAUUCGUGAACGCGCAGGGCGUCAAGGUCAGGGGCGAGAGCUUCGUGUACAGUUUGGCUGAGGCGGUUCAAGCGGCGCAAGAUGCGGGACUGCAGUUGGUGGAGGCUAAGGAGAGGAGUAUGGAGGAGGAGGAUGUAAGGAGUGGGGUGGUGGGGAAAAGGGGUAGGAAGUGGAUUGGGUGCAAGGUGUGGUUUGGUAUUGUGCUGCGGAAGGCGUGAGAUGGAGGGGUUGGUUGGUCACGUAGUGAAAGUUAUUUGAGUGGUUCAUGAAAGGAAUGGCAGUUGUUCACGCAUUAGUGCUUGUCGGGCUGAGUA